CCCGAGGAGAUUAGGGUGACACCCCAAGAGGGCAGCCAUUUUAGGAGGCACAGAUUCCUACGACACGGAUACUUCCAUUUCCGUUUAUUUGAACGCGAAGCAGCCGUUGAUCUGUAGCUGUUGCCCGGGCCGGAGAUAGUCAACUCUCCCUGGUGACUAACCUUCGACCCCCCUUAGCACAGAACCGAGCACCCCACGUCGAUCACGCACCGUGAUCUGAACCUAGCAUUCCCACUGUCCGUAGCAGUUCCAGAGCCAUGGAAAGCGUAAUCGGGCUGGUCAAUAGGCUACAACAGGUCUGUACAGCGCUAGGCGACCAUGGCGGCGGCGACGAGACGGAUUCAGCGCUCCCUACGCUGUGGGAGCAGCUCCCUUCCGUGGCUGUGGUGGGAGGCCAGUCGUCCGGUAAAUCCUCCGUGCUGGAAAGCAUCGUGGGGAAGGAUUUCCUGCCUCGAGGAUCCGGGAUUGUGACUCGGCGGCCGCUGGUGCUGCAGCUGCACAAGCAGGACGGUCCCGAGUACGCGGAAUUCAUGCACGCGCAGGGGAAGAAGAUCACGGAUUUCAACCUCGUCCGGAAGGAAAUCGCAGACGAGACGGACCGCAUAACGGGCAAGACCAAGGGCAUCUCGUCCGUGCCCAUCCACCUGAGCAUCUACUCGCCGAACGUGAUCGACUUGACGCUGGUGGAUCUGCCCGGGCUCACCAAGAUCGCGGUGGACGGGCAGCACGAGAGCAUCGUGGCGGAGAUCGAGUCCAUGGUGCGCAACUUCGUCGACAACCCCAACUGCAUCAUCCUCGCCAUCUCGCCCGCCAACCAGGACCUCGCCACGUCGGACGCCAUGAAGCUCGCCCGAGAGGUGGACCCGUCGGUCGGAAUGUGACCGCACAUGGGGUGUGUUGACGAAGCUGGAUCUCAUGGACAAAGGCACCAACGCCCUCGAUGUGCGUUCUCCUGCCGCGCCUCUUGCUCAAUGCUCACGCCCACCCACCUACUAUUCACUGGUCACACACACCACCUGUUGCGUACCUGGACCCCGGCCGCCUUGGCUCCCAACUCUGAUUCCGACCGUCAUGACUGAUUCACUGCUCCACACCUU